AUGGAGGACGAUGCAGGGGUUAAUAGCCAACUUGGUUUUAGCAACUGGAUGUUCAGGGAAGGAUUUAUAGACAUGGGUUACGAAGGUGCCAAGUUCACUUGGUGCAGAGGCAUAAAUUCCACGUCCUACAGGGCUCAGCCAAAGAAUGAUGGUAAUCCUUGGAGGUUCAAGUAUAAUGCAGCAUGGGCUACCCACCCGGGAUUUAUGGAGUUCGUCAAAAGUAAUUGGAAUUCGAAUGUUGAAUUGGAUCAAUGCAAAAAUGAGCUAGCAGCCAAGUUCAGGUGCUGGAACAAAAGCACGUUUGGGAACAUUUUCCAUAGGAAGAGAAGAGUCCUUGCAAGGUUGGAAGGAGUUCAGAAUAGCUUGACUUAUAAUCACAGGUCUGACCUGAUCAAACUGGGAAAAAUGCUCCAGAAAGAGCUGGAAGAAAUCUUAUUUCAAGAGGAACUAUUUUGGUUUCAAAAAUCUCGGGAGGACUGGAUUAGCUCGGGUGACCGCAACACUAGGUAUUAUCAUGCUGCAUCUGCUGCGAGAAAGUCUAGAUCCAGGAUCACAAGGAUUAAGAAUGAACAGGAUGUCUGGCUACUAGAUGAGGAUGAAGUUAUGUCUCAUAUCUGCAACUAUUUCACUCAACUCUUUAUAGAGGACAACCAAGGACCAAGGCAGGUCUUUUGGUCAAAAUCUUUCCCGACUCUACAGGACCGCAAUUGA